UGUUUAAUUUAAAGCAUUUAUCAUACAUUAUCGAGAGAUUAGGAUAUCACCAUAGGUUCCUCGUUCUCCCGUUAGGUAAAAUAUAUAUAGCCACACAAUUUACAAAUUCACUAAAACACAUCUUCUAACACCAAUGGCGCCACCCAUCGCGGCACAACUCCUGGCCUUCGCCCUCCUUGUCACCGCCGUCUCCGCCGCCGAAACCGGUUACCACAACCAUACUGUCGGCGGCGGAACCGGCUGGUCCUUCAACUCUACCACCAACACAUCCGCCACCAACUACUCUUCUUGGGCUUCAACUCAAACCUUCGACCUCGGCGAUUAUCUCAUUUUCAAUACGAACUCGAACCAAACGGUGGUUCAGACAUACAACAAGACGACCUAUCUGAACUGCACCGCCGAUUAUUCCGACAAUGGAACCUUCGUGUACAACGGCGGAAGCCGUGGUUUCGGCGAAGCGUUGACCGUCGUUGUUCCGUUGACCAUAGUUGGACCGAACUACUUCUUCUCCGACGCCGGCGACGGUGUGCAGUGCCAGCGCGGCUUGGCCUUCGAGAUCGACGUCCAGCGCGGCCUCGGCUUGCCGCCGAGUCUCAACCAGCCGCCUCCGCCGCCGUACCAGGAGCCUCCGGGUCCCGACGCCGCUCAAUCUCCGCCGAUCACGGUGGCGCAGUCUCCCAGCGGCAGCGCUUUCGCGAACCUCGCAGACGUGCGCGUGGUUGUUUACGGCAUCGUUCUGGGGUUGCUGCUGCAGUUUCUGUGAGGAGGAAUAGGUUAGCUUACGGUGGGUGCGCAAUAUUGGAUAUUUUUUGUUACAGCUCAGAGUUUCCGCGGACGGCGAAAUAUUGGACUUGUUUUUUAUCAUUUCCUUUCACAUUUCGUUCAUUUGUGAGUUUUUUUUUUUUUUUAAUUCUUUAUAGUUAACAGUAUUUUGGAUAAGAAGAUCCUAUGCUUUUUCUUAGGGGAACUGUAGAGAAGUGGAAGUUGUUGUAAUUUUUGGUUGUUGCACGAUACUUGGAAUAAUAAUAUUUUCUGGGCAUUUUUUUUUUCAAA